AUGGAUCUGUCAAAGCUGAAAGAGAUCGAUAUUAAUAUUGAAGACAACAGUGCGUGGGCUCAAGCUGGUGCUACCGUUGGUGAACUUUACUACAGGAUUGCAGAGAAUAGCAGCGUCCAUGGGUUUCCGGCUGGUUCGUGCACGAGCUUAGGCAUAGGUGGCCAUAUAAUAGGUGGUGCAUAUGGCUCCAUGAUGAGGAAAUACGGUCUCGGUGGAGAUAAUGUGUUAGACGCAAAGAUGGUUGAUGCCAAUGGUAAAUUACUCGACAGAGCUUCUAUGGGUGAAGAUACGUUUUGGGCGAUUAGAGGAGGCGGUGGAGCAAGUUUUGGGAUAAUUCUAGGAUGGAAGAUCAAGCUUGUUCCGGUUCCUGAGACAGUGACGGUCUUCACCGUUACCAAAACGUUAGAACUAGACGUGCGCAACAAGAUUCUUUGGAAGUGGCAAGUGGUCGCUAACAAGCUUGUUGAAGCACUAUUCAUCAGAGUAUUAUUCAGCGUAGCUGUAAACAACGGAAGCAAGACGGCGAAGAUCAAGUAUGUAAUGGCUUGGCCAAACAGCGACAAGAGACCGACCAGGCACAUUAUCUGGAUAAGAGAUAUGUACAGUUACAUGAUGCCUUAUGUCUCAAGCAACCCGCGAGAAGCCUAUGUGAACUACCGUGAUCUUGACCUGGGAAAGAACAAGAAAAACGCAAAGACUAGCUUCAAACAAGCUCAAGUCUGGGGAGAAAAGUACUUCAAAGACAAUUUUAACAGAUCGGUGACUAUCAAAUCAAAGGUUGAUCCAGAGAACUUCUUUAGACAUGAGCAGAGCAUCCCACUCCUGCCCGUUUAA